UCAAAAUCAAGUCAUGUUUUGGUUAAUCGGUCUAUUUUUGCUGUAGUUUAUAAACAAAACUGAAAAUUGCUUCUAUUAUCAUUAUUUUCUUAUUUUAUUAUCAUGGGAGACGAUACAGCAGAUUUUACACGCUACAUAAAAAAUGUUCUACACGAUAAUAGAAGUUCAAAUGUAUCGAAAAAACUUCCAUUUGGUGAUUCUUUUGAAAAUCAUGGUAAAUCAAAACCGAGAUCACUAGAUGAGGAACAACCCAACUUUCCAAAAAGGAGUAAAGAUGAAUCAAUUAUGGAAUCUCCCUGGGAGAUCAAAAGGGUUCGAAGUAGCCUGACUAUAGCAAAGAAUGAAAUAGCUCAGUUGCAAGAUUAUAUUGAAAAGCAGCAUAGUUUGCGAAAAGAAAUGGAAACUUUGUUUAGUAUUGAGAAGGAGCACUGCAAAGACAAAAGCCAAUGA